AUGCUGUCCACAGACCUGCGGCUGUGUUUAGACCCAUCCAUGCUGUCCACAGACCUGCGGCUGUGUUUAGACCCAUCCAUGCUGUCCACAGACCUGCGGCUGUGUAACCUGCGGCUGUGUUUAGACCCAUCCAUGCUGUCCACAGACCUGCAGCUGUGUUUAGACCCAUCCGUGCUGUCCACAGACCUGCGGCUGUGUUUAGACCCAUCCAUGCUGUCCACAGACCUGCGGCUGUGUUUAGACCCAUCCAUGCUGUCCACAGACCUGCGGCUGUGUUUAGACCCAUCCAUGCUGUCCACAGACCUGCGGCUGUGUUUAGACCCAUCCAUGCUGUCCACAGACCUGCAGCUGUGUUUAGACCCAUCCAUGCUGUCCACAGACCUGCGGCUGUGUUUAGACCCAUCCAUGCUGUCCACAGACCUGCGGCUGUACCCAUCCAUGCUGUCCACAGACCUGCGGCUGUGUUUAGACCCAUCCAUGCUGUCCACAGACCUGCAGCUGUGUUUAGACCCAUCCAUGCUGUCCACAGACCUGCAGCUGUGUUUAGACCCAUACAUGCUGUCCACAGACCUGCGGCUGUGUUUAGACCCAUACAUGCUGUCCACAGACCUGCGGCUGUGUUUAGACCCAUCCGUGCUGUCCACAGACCUGCGGCUGUGUUUAGAUCCAUCCAUGCUGUCCACAGACCUGCGGCUGUGUUUAGACCCAUCCAUGCUGUCCACAGACCUGCGGCUGUGUUUAGAUCCAUCCAUGCUGUCCACAGACCUGCGGCUGUGUUUAGAUCCAUCCAUGCUGUCCACAGACCUGCGGCUGUGUUUAGAUCCAUCCAUGCUGUCCACAGACCUGCGGCUGUGUUUAGACCCAUCCGUGCUGUCCACAGACCUGCGGCUGUGUUUAGACCCAUCCGUGCUGAGACCAGGAGCAGUCACAAACUUGUAG